AUGGCUAACCAUGAAGAGGCAAAGUCUCACCCUAAGCUCAAUGAACGAAUACUUUCUUCGAUGUCGAGGAGAACUGUUGCUGCUCACCCUUGGCAUGAUGUAGAGAUAGGACCGGGCGCUCCAGCAGUUUUCAAUUGUGUGAUUGAAAUUGGCAAAGGCGGUAAGGUUAAGUAUGAGCUGGACAAGAAAAGUGGACUUAUAAAGGUUGAUCGUGUUCUUUACUCAUCAGUUGUCUACCCACACAACUACGGUUUCAUCCCACGAACCCUUUGUGAAGACAGUAAUCCUAUGGAUGUUCUGGUUCUGAUGCAGGAACCUGUGCUACCUGGUACCUUCCUCCUUGCUCGUGCUAUUGGACUAAUGCCCAUGAUUGACCAGGUAGAAGUUGCUUCCUACCUCCCUGCCUUUGGUUUUUAUUCCGUUUGGUUAAAUGAAAAAGAACUGUGA